AUGGGUCAUAGCUUAAACAAGAAGCCCAUCGCGGUUAUGGUCUGUUUUCCUGCUCAAGGCCACAUAAAUCCCAUGUUUCAGCUGGCCAAGAAGCUUGCAGUCGAGGAGGGAUUUUCUAUUGUGUUUGUUAACACAGACUAUCAACACCAACGCAUGGUUGCAGCUAAUAGCCACCAAAAAUCGAACUUAGUGACAGAGGCAAAAGAAAUCGGUAUUCGCUUACUUUCAAUCUCUGAUGGACUAGAUCUCCAUGAGAGUCGAAAUCAGUUUUCCAAGAUGACGAGUUCAAUGGAGAGCACCUGUGGGCCUUUACUGUGUAAAUUGAUUGAUGAGAUCCAAGAGGAGGGUCUGGAUGUUACCUGCUUGAUUGUAGACUUUAUUUCGGCUUCUUGGGUAUUAGAAGCAACCAAGCACUUGGAUGUAUCAAGAGGUGUACUUACAGAACAUCGUAUGGUCGAAUACGUUCCCUCAGCGCCCCAAAUCCAUUCUAGUCAUCUUCCAUGGUUACUUCCAGGAAGCGAAGAUCAGGAGUUCCUUUUUAUGAUGACUCUUAAAUGUAUUGAAAGUGCAAAAGGGCUAUUCCUUGUAAGCAAUACUUUCUAUGAACUAGAAAUUCCAAUUCACAAUUCCUUUGCAAAAGAAGAUCAAGUCUAUUCUAUAGGUCCCUUGAUCCCUUCAGAGUUUCUUGACACCGAUUGUGAAAGGUCAGAGAAUAAAAUUAGCACAGGCUUCUGGACAGAAGAAGUGGGGUGCCUGUCGUGGCUCGACAAACAGCAUCCGAAGUCUGUGAUAUGUAUUGCAUUCGGAAGCGUAGCUAUUUUGAACCAAAAACAGUUGGAGGAGUUUGCGCUGGGAUUGGAGGCCACUCAGAGACCAUUUCUGUGGGUUUUACGGUGUGAUCUACUGAAUGGAGAGCCUGCAGUGCUGCCUUCAGGAUUCAUGGAACGCACAAAACAUCUUGGCUGCUUUGUGUCGUGGUCUCCACAGCUGACAGUCUUGUCCCACCCUUCUAUAGCCUGCUUCGUCACGCACUGCGGAUGGAAUUCAACUCUUGAGAGUAUCACCAUGGGUGUUCCAAUGAUCUGUUGGCCUUAUUUUGCAGACCAGUUUAUAGACAGAUCUUUCGUUGUAGAUGAGUGGAGAGUUGGGCUGGCUUUGAAUGCAAACAAGAAAGGGAUUAUAGAGAAAGAUGAGGUCCAGGAGACGAUUGAGAGAUUAUUAGAUGGUAAAGAAGGUGCUGAGAUUAGGGAAAGAAUGAGUACGCUCAAGAAUAUGGCAAGGAAUGCUGUGAGAGAAGGGGGGUCGUCUAAUAUCAACUUCAGAAAGUUUGUAAACGCCAUGAAAACCACUUGA